AUGGGUGAAUCGAUUACUGCGAAAUCGUCGUCCUCCUUUGGAUCUGUCAUCGAGAAAUAUCGUCCUGAUCUGGCCCCGUAUGAAGAUCUCUACAAGCACUGCCAUGCCAACGGCGAACUCUCGACGCAGGAGAAAGAAACAGCGUCACUGAUCACGGCGCAUCUGAAGAAACUCUCGGACGACCUGGACAUACGAACAGGGAUAGGCGGCCACGGUCAGAUCGCCAUCCUGAAGAAUGGACCGGGAAAGACGAUUCUGCUGAGGGCCGACAUCGACGCUCUUCCCGUGCAGGAGAAGACGGGUUUACCUUACGCCAGCACGAAAACCAUGCGCGACACGGACGGACUGGUCAAGCCGGUGAUGCACGCCUGCGGCCACGAUUUCCACAUCACUUCUCUACUAGCAGCUGCGGAGACGCUCAUUGCCGCCCGCGAGACGUGGUCCGGCACCAUCGUGUUUCUCUUUCAGCCCGCCGAAGAGAGAGGGUGCGGCGCUCAGACCAUGGUGGACGAUGGACUCUAUUCUGCCGACAAACACGCCUGCCCGAUCCCGGAUGUCGUGCUGGGUCAACACGUGUUUCCUCUCCAGGCGGGCAAGACGGCCACGCGGGCGGGACCAGUCAUGUCCGCGGCGGACAGUUUCAAGGUCACCAUCUACGGUAGCGGCGGGCAUGGCAGUAUGCCCCAUCGCACAAUCGACCCUGUUGUCAUCGCCUCACAUAUUGUCGUGCGCUUACAAACAAUCCGCUCUCGCGAAGUGCCUCCGGACGAGACUGCCGUAGUCACAGUGGGCGCAUUGCAGGCGGGGAGCACCGAGAACGUCAUCUCCGACGAAGCCGUGCUGAAGAUCAACAUCCGCAGCGUCAGCGUCGAAUGGCGCGAAAAGAUUUUAGCUUCAGUGAAACGAAUCAUCAAAGCCGAGUGUCUCGCGGGUGAUUGCCCUAAAGAUCCGCUAAUCGAACCGACCUCUUCAUUCCCCCUGACCAUCAACGACGACCGGGUCGCAGGCGAAAUCAACAAUUCCUUCACCGCGUACUUUGGCGAAGAAAACCACGACCCAAGCCUCAAGAACGUGCUGGGCAGUGAGGAUUUCGGCAUCCUGGGUUCUAGUAUUGGGAAGCCGUAUUGUUUCUGGUUCUUUGGCGGGCAUGACCCGAACAUGUAUGCGGAGAUGGUCAAGAAGGGGGACGAGCACAAGAUUCCAGUCAAUCAUAGUCCGUUCUUCGCGCCGGUUGUGCAGCCGACUUUGACGGUUGGGGUGGACGCGUUGGUUGUGGCGGCGCUGACUUAUCUGGGCAAGAGGUGA